UUGAGUUAAUCGAACGAGUCGGACAUCGACUACAAAUAAAUUAAAUGAAUUGAGUUUGUUGUUCGAUCUUCCGAAACAUCUUUUUGUGGCAUGAGAAGCGACAGAGAGAUGCAAUGUCGAGGUUUUUUGUGACGACGCCGAUUUUUUACGUCAAUGCGGCGCCGCAUCUUGGACACUGCCAUACAUUGGUAUUAGCUGAUGCCAUCAAUAGACUGCAGAAGUUGCGGUAUCCUAACAAGAAAACACUGUUCAGCACUGGAACAGACGAGCAUGGCAUAAAGAUCCAGCGGGCAGCUCGUACUUCCGGCAUGCCUGAAAUAAUUUUUUGCAACAAAAUAUCAGCCAAAUUUCGUACACUUUGUGAUGAGAUCGGUACUUCGCACGACCACUUUAUUCGCACGACGGAUGAAAAUCAUAAAGCAUGUGUUGCAAGCGUAUGGGAAACCUUGGUUCAGCGUGGACAUAUCUACAAAGGACAAUAUGAGGGCUGGUAUUCAACUUCUGAUGAGAACUUUGUAACAGACGUUAAAGAAAUUGAACAAAAAGGAAUGAAGGUAACUGUCAGCGUAGAAUCGGGAAAUCCAGUUGAGUGGGUCAAAGAGGAGAAUUACAUUUUUCGAUUAGGAUCCUUUAAGGAUGACCUCCUGCAUUGGCUAGACACAGAACCGUCUUUAGUUCAGCCUUCAAAAUUUCAGAGAAUUCUUCGCUCCUACAUAGAACCAGGCCUCCAGGAUUUAUCUGUCUCGAGAUGUCGUAGCCGCGCGCAUUGGGGUAUCCCUGUUCCUGGGGAUUCUUCUCAGACGAUUUACGUUUGGCUGGAUGCUCUGACCAACUACUUGACUGUUGCUGGUGAACCUCUGGGUCGUGCAUAUGACCCGGCGUCCUCUCAAGUUUGGCCUCCAUCACUGCAUGUAAUUGGCAAGGACAUCUUGAAGUUUCAUGGAGUUUAUUGGCCGGCUUUUCUUAUGGCGGCUGGCUUGCAACUUCCCCAAAAAAUUCUUUGCCAUUCGCAUUGGACUGUUGAAGACAAAAAGAUGUCGAAAUCUCGUGGAAACGUCAUUUGUCCACUCGAUCUCGUUCCCGUUGUACAACCAGACGGCCUAAGAUAUUUCCUCUUACGAGAGGCUGUACCACACAGUGAUGCCAAUUUCAGUGAGGUAAAGAUAAAGCGAAUCUUGAACGCUGAGUUGGCAAAUUCGUUGGGGAAUCUUUUGAAUCGAUGUACGUCAAGCACAGUAAACCAGAAUCAAAUGAUACCACGAUUUCCUGAAACUGACCUGCCACUCGCGAAGACACCUCUACAAAUCAUUGAGAACGCACUGACCUUGUCGGACCAGGUUGGGUCAUCAUUUGCUGAAGGAAACUUCUAUUUGGGCAUAGACUUAAUUCAAAAAGUGCUUCGCGAUACGAAUGCGUUUGUUCAAGAGGCCAAACCGUGGGAACUAGCUAAAGUUAGCAAAAAAUCGCUGCCCGCGCGACAUCAAUUAAACAUUACUCUUCACACUGCGCUAGAGGUGCUUCGCAUCGUGGGUAUUUUAUUACAGCCAGUAAUACCAAGAAUCAGUCAACAGUUACUGGACACGUUGCGAGUUGAAGGCAGAAAUUGGACUGACGCAUCUCUGCGCAGGCAAAAUGAUGUCCCAUUAGGCCGUAAACAGACAUUGUACACGCGAUUGAAAUGAAAAAGUAAAUGUACAUUUUCGGUGGCCGCAUUUUGAACGGGCGAAAAAUUCGCAUUGUAUAGGUAAUUCUACGGGUUCAACUUACAAAUUGUUCAAAUUCCAAACCAGAAAAAUAACGUUAUUUUUCUUUUUAUAUACGCUGAUUAUCUAUUAAAUGGUAGCAUACGAAUUUAUAAAAAAUAGGAAAAUUUACGCUUGAUAAUUAUUACAGUCAGAAACUAUGGUACUUCCCGGGAAGUUAGGUCGAGGAACGUUGUCGAUCAAGCGGUGCUUGAGAAGAUAAGAGUAUAAAUAAGAUUCAAUUUAUAUAUAAUGUUUUUUAGUGUGUGUUAGAUAUGAGCAUAUUUAUUACAUGCUAUUUUAUAUCAUCAAAUUUGGUCAUAUAUAUUUCUAAAUUAAAGCGUGAACAAUUUGAAACAUCUUUUUUUGGUCAGCGCCGUAUCAGCUUGUAACAAAAAGAAGCUGCCAAACUAACAAAAACCGUGCUUCUGCUAAACGACAUUUUUGGCAAACUACGGUUGUUUCUUCCUAGAAAACUAACAAGUUUACAUAUGAACUAUUUUUUUUUUACAUUACAGUGUCAACAAAUAAAACCUUCCCUAUUUUUCCGCCCACUUCAAAAAAUACAUCUGCAAGCUACUUUCCUCCAAGUAACUCAAUUUUUAUUCUCAGUUUUAGUAUAUUUUUUAAUAUACGGGAUUUCGUUGUUUUAUAUAAUUAUCACCGUCGUUGUUUUUGCUAUGAUACUGCUUGGAUUUGAUAGCCGCUCCCCAACAAAGCGGAUUCUCUUUUCAUUCAUUUCGUUUUCGUAUUUUACUCUAUUAUCACUCGUUACAGUGCUCAUUAUAUUAUUGCAUUAUAUGUGCUAUAUACUUUUACUGCUAUUGUUCCUAUUAUUAUCAACAAUAAGCGGAUUAUGGAAUUCCUCGUUGUCUUUCUUUUAGCUGGCGUGCAUGGCCUACUCGCUCCAAUCACGCUCAUUUUUUCUAAAAUUUUUUGUCGAUUAACGUCAUAUUCAGAUCAGAUAGUAUAACAGAUCCUCGACAAUCCAAGUCAACAGCACAGAUCUUUCCUUCCCGUGGCAGGGCCUCAACAAGCGGCGAUACUGUAUUAAACUGCGUUCUACUUCGAUUGCCCCGUACUUUCUUCGAAGUACUAUCAUCAUUUUCGCAUUAUCUUUUCUAAAGGCGCAUUAUAUAUGUGUGUAUGCUUUCUGUUCAAAAUAACAAGUAUUUCUUUAGCAUUGCAUUAGGUAUAUCAUUCAUAUAUAGAAUAGAGGCAGUUUUCUCUUGUCGAUCAACCGGUACGUCAUUCAUCCGUUAAUCUAAUAAAAGAAAAUAUCUUCAAUCGUGCCUGCCCAAAAAUUGCUUUCAGGGCCCCUGCGGAGAACGACAACCAGUAUUGCUUUUCGAUCUAUACGCAGUCACGGCUUCUGUUUGUAUAUAUAUAUACCAGUUCUACUUUUCAAAUGAUUCAGCCUGUUGUCAACAGAUUCUUUGUACGCGAUUUCGAUUUUUCUUUUACCAGCGUCAUUAUCUUGUUCAAAUAAGAUAUAUAUUUAUAUAUGGGUGAAUAUCAUCUUCAUAUAUAUACAGGAGCUAAAGCCACCUCAUCCAUUUUAUCACCGUACCAUUUUUAUACAUCCAUUAACCUUAUGUGCUAACCUCUGCUUUAGAGGAAACACAAAUUAUGGGAAAAUUGUUCGAGAUAAAAUAAGGGAACUUCUGGUAAAAAUCUGAAAUUAAAAUAAAAUGUUGCCUUUCUAUAUACUAGGUCUAUUAGUCGACAGGCACAAAUCUACACGUGGUGCCGAUCGAGAACCCACGAUACGCGACGCGUUCGUAUACCUGAAAUUUCUAUUUUAGGGUGAAAAACGACCGACUCGACAUAAUGUGACAACUCAAAAGCAGAACGAACAUGUAAGGCAAAGGCAACAGCAAGUAGCAUAUGUAUGUACAAAAGCCAUUAUUUUUUAUUGUGUAAAUGGGUCCAGAUGCGUAUAUUAGCCCAGCUCCGGCCGAAAAUAGGUAAAGCUCAAGGAGCAAGGUUGAACCUAAUUACCAUCACCCAUCUGGUUUUUUAUUCGCGACGUUGCAUCUUGCUGAAAAUGCUAUAUUUAUUAGCACUGUUUAAGCUUAUUGGAUCGCAAUAGUGUGAUGAUAAUAAACAUUCUUAGUGGCUUUCUUCGCUUCGUAGGGAAUUUUUUAUCGAUUUAAUCUCUUCGUUUCGUAGAAACAUGCAUGAUAAGUACUCAUACGUUCGUCGACGAAUGAUCUACGGGUUUCGAGUUGUUCACAUCUUAGGUCCUAUUUAGAGUUAUCUUCGAUAAAUUGCCUCGUGGAAAAUCAAUUUGGAAAACUAUUAUUGCUUCUAAUGUUAUUCCUUCAGCGACGUUUUCUGAAAGUGCACUCAAUAGCAAACCAAAAGGAAGAGCUAUUAAUAACUUCGCAAGGAAACGCCGUAGGGAAGAAGUUUCUUUAAGAGGUGGAAUUACUAGGACUUAAUGCAUGACAAUAAGACGCAGUUACGAAUCUCAAAACCGAGCAGGUUUUAGUGAAAGUUAUGCGGAACCCGUUCCACAUGCUGUGUCAAACUGUGAACUAUGAAAACUAUGCAGCUACUAUGUCUUAUAUAAAAAUAUAGACAUAAAAUAUGCCUGUCGAGAAAAACCAGCUUCUUUUCCUUCAAGAACACAAUAUGUGAGUAAAAAAAGCGACAAAAAUAUUGUCAAAAUACUUAUCAUUGUUACUCUUAUCAGUACUUAUUUUCUUAUUAUUAUUAUUAUUAUUGUUGUUGUGGUGAUUCACGAAACAUCAAUUACUUCGAGAACAGUACACAUGUCUAUCGUCAUGGUCGCACAUUAUAACGUCCUUAGUAAGUUUUCUUCUUACUAAGGUAAUUAAAAAUUAAGAUGACACCAAUUAUAUUAUCAUCAACUUAGACCCUCAAUAAAAAUUCUACUGAUUAAAGAAACAAUCACGUAACAUUGAGGGCUAAUUAUUUAUAAAGGAAGAGCUUCCUUUCAUAAGGGAAUGAAUGGAGUAUAUUAAAAGAUCUAGAAGCCAUGUAGGUUUAAAUUAUUACUUCGCAAUCCAAAUUCAUAAACUUCCAUCGGAUUAGGCACAGUUUCAUUCGUUUUUAACUUUCUCGUUAACUUAAUCCGUUAGCUACUUCUGGUGUUUUGGGGUAAUAGUACAGAAGUCAUUGUUUAGGCGACAUUACAACACGUUUCGAUUAAGCUUGAUUUACUUACAUCGUUCACAGAAUAGCGCUAUGUGUUUCCACAAUGGCAAUAGUAGUAUCAAGAUUACA